AUGUACGCAAGCCACCGCAUGACCCCCACUUCUGGAGGUACCAUGCAAUUGUCACUGCAGACAAGCCACGAGGGCAAAGGCACCGCCAUACACCCUCCAACUCCGACCUCAAGGUCAAGUCUCACGCCCCCAGUGACUCCCAUUGCCAAAGACAGCGAUGCCGAGCGCUCAAUCCCAACGUUAUUGAACGACAGCCCCGCUCAAACCGCCUCUCUGCUAAAACGUAGCAUCUCUACUUCAAUCCGCUUCACGGACGAUCUGAAAGUAGACUACGACUCAGAGGACCGUCCUAUCGAAUUCGGCCGCGGCGCAUGGAGCAUUGUAUACAAGGCGCGCUCAAUACCCAGCGCCCCAACACCCGCCAUCCACACUCCACCCAGCUCACCUAUUGCCGCAACCCGCGUCUACGCCGUCAAGGCUCCUCUGCGCCGCGAUGCACGUCCCGUCCUCCAGUGCGAAGCGCUGACCCUCACGCGCCUGAAUCUCACCCCGGGCUAUGAGCGCUACAUCGUGCCGUUCCACGGCUACCACUCCGAAACAGAGGCCCUAGUCAUGUCGGCCGUCCCGCUAGCCCUCUCUACCUACAUCGAAGACCAAGCCGAUAUCACGCGCAAACAGGGCGUCUCAACGGCAACCAUGUUCAACCCCGUGCAGGGCCCAGAAUCCUGGCGAGACCUCGCCCGCAAGCUCAUCAGCGGCCUGGAAUGGCUGCACAAGACCGCCGGCAUCAUCCACGGCGAUAUCAAGCCGCACAACCUGCUCCUACGGCCCAUGGCGACCGACGAGCCUGGCGCGCCCGACCCCGGCGCGUUCCCCUUCGAGCCGCUCUUUGCAGAUUUUUCCUCCGCCAUGGAUGUUCCGUCGCAGGAGGCUGAAGGUGGUGAUGAGGCCCUUUUGGGCUUGGGGCUGGGCCUGGGCUUGGAGGCGGAGAAGAGCCGUACGUCCAUGUCGGCAUUUACGCCGCCUUUCACGGCGCCUGAGCUUCUUACGCUUGCGGCGUUGAAAUCGGGCGAAGUCGCGCCGACACCGGCUUCGGAUGUUUUCUCCCUUGCCGCGACGCUGGUUGCUGCUGCGACUGGUGAUUUGUUGUUGUAUCCUGGCUCGAGUAAUAUGCAGCGGUUGGCGAUGGCGCGAGACGGGCACCGGAUUUUGGAGUUCACGCGAUGUGGUACCAAUGGGGCUCGUGUGCCGCGGGCUGGAUUUGUGGAGAAGUUGCUCCAGCCUGCUGUUGCCAAGGAUCCGACGCAGCGCAUUGAUACGUCGGAUUGGGUGACGAUGGCGUAUGCUUGA